AUGAGCAUUUUCUUUUGUCAUGUUGGGUUGAGUAACUUGAGCGUGUUUGAGCCUUAUGGGUUUAUGGGAGGGCUGCGCCGGGGUGGUAGGUAUGGCUUACGGCAAGGCCGCCCCCCCCCCCCUCCCUGUUCGCUGCUCCACCCAAUAUAUCCGGCAACUCCAUGCACCUCACUACAACACCCAAGACCAACGAGCUCAAGACGAAAUCCCAAUCAGCUUAAACCAGUCCAGCCUAUCUCGGACUUCAUGCCUAGCUCAUCUAGACCAUACGAUCCGAACAUCAAGACCACUUACAAGUCGGACCCAUCUCUACUCUGUGUAAACUUCAAUCAAGAUCAUACUUGUAUCAGUGUCGGUACUCGCUCGGGCUAUGCGAUCACGAAUUGCGAACCAUUCGGGAGGGUCUAUGGAAAGGCCGAUGGUGCAGUAGGCAUCAUGGAGAUGCUGUUUUGCACCUCGUUGGUCGCUAUCGUUGGGACGGGUGACCGACCAUCAUAUUCGACCAGAAAGCUUCAGAUUAUUAACACCAAGAGGCAAUCAAUGAUAUGUGAACUCAUGUUUCCAACAUCAGUAUUGGCGGUCAAGCUGAACCGGAGAAGACUGGUCGUAGUUCUGGAAGAAGAGAUAUACGUCUAUGACAUUGGAAAUAUGAAACUAUUACAAUCCUUUGAAACUUAUCCCAAUCCUAGUGCUGUUUGUGCACUGGCACCAUCGUCUGAAAAUAGCUACUUGGCCUACCCUUCCUCGUUACCACUCUCCGAAGUCUCUGGAACGAUUUCAAGCAUUCCACCUUCGCCUGAUCCUUCCACGAUGGCUAAUCAUGGAGAUGUACUCAUCUAUGAUGCCAUCACCCUCUCGGUUACAAAUGUGAUCCAAGCACACAAAGCACCCCUGGCAAUAAUUUCUUUCAACUCGACAGGAACUUUGAUGGCAACUGCCUCAGAUAAGGGCACGGUCAUCAGAGUCUUCUCGGUUCCGAACGGACAGAAAGUGCUUCAAUUUCGGCGAGGUUCCUACUCGGCUCGGAUCUUCUCAAUAUCUUUUAAUUGCGUCUCGAGCCUACUGGCUGUGAGCUCGGACACCGAUACCGUCCACAUCUUCAAACUCGUAUCUCGUUCUCAGAAAUCUUCGAAUCGGAAAGCUUUGGGGUCUGGUGAUCGGGCAUUAUCGACUGGUGAUCUGAAUGAUAUGCCUUAUGAAGAUGAUAAUGAAUCGAUCACGAGCUCAUCGGCCGGAAGAUACCAGGGGGGUCGGUCAGACAGUGGAGAGGGUGUUCAAUCGAGUGGCUAUCAGGCUUUCAUCGAUAAAAAACGCGGCUCAUCAAUCUCUCUCGGCGGUAGUCUGAGAAAAAAGUCAUUCAACAUUGGUAGAAGCUUGGCUGGUGCAGCGGGCGGAUAUUUGCCUAAUACGAUUACGGAACUGUGGGAGCCCCAAAGAGAUUUCGCAUCCUUGAAGCUGCCUACGAGUGGAGUCAGAACAGUGGUGGCUAUGAGCGGUAAUUCGCCUCACGUCAUGGUUGUUUCAUCGGAAGGACUAUUCUACGUUUAUUCGAUUGACCUAGAAAACGGAGGAGAAUGCAUCUUAACGAAGAGUCACAAUCUUCUAGAAGGAUUGGACUCGUUUGAUAACCAGUCGACCUUAAGAGACGAUCCGACCUCCGCUGCGCCCUCAAGCCUCUCAUAUUAG